ACACGCAUUUAUCUCAGACUCUGCAGUCUGAGCACUCAUGUAUUUGCUGCACCUGGUACCUGGUGUUGUGUGCCAGUGAUCGCCUGCCCAGCUGCACCCACAGGGACUCCUGCCCUUACCCCAUCCCUAUCUGCACCUUCCCCUGCUCUCCUGAUACUUUGUACUGCCUGGGCAGAUACUUCCACUUCUGCUUAAAACUCCGAUUUAUUUUUUUCUUUCUCGCACUUUUGGGGAAAGACACCCUGGCCACAGAGUAACCAGCAGAACAUUGGUGAGAUGUCCCCUCCUGGGAGUUCCGAUGUCUUCUGGGUCACCCUGGGGCUGUUAAUGACCUUGUCCGGGACUCAGUGUGCCUCCUGCGAGCCUGUAAGGAUCCCCAUGUGCAAGUCUAUGCCCUGGAACAUGACCAAGAUGCCCAACCACCUGCACCACAGCACCCAGGCCAAUGCCAUCCUGGCCAUCGAGCAGUUUGAGAGCCUGCUGGACACCAAGUGCAGCCAGGACCUGCUGUUCUUCCUGUGCGCCAUGUACGCGCCGAUCUGCACCAUUGACUUCCAGCACGAGCCGAUCAAGCCCUGCAAGUCUGUCUGCGAGCGCGCCCGGGCCGGCUGCGAGCCGAUCCUCAUCAAGUACCGGCAUUCGUGGCCGGAGAGCCUGGUGUGCGAGGAGCUGCCGGUGUACGACCGAGGGGUCUGCAUCUCCCCAGAGGCUAUCAUCACUGUGGAGCAAGGGACUGAAUCGAUGCCAGACUUCCCCGUCGACUCCAACAAUGGGAAAUGCGGUGGAGCCGCGAGUGAUCAUUGUAGAUGUAAGCCUAUGAAAGCUUCACAAAAGACAUAUCUCAAGAACAAUUACAACUAUGUGAUUCGUGCAAAGGUGAGAGAUGUGAAGGUCAGAUGUCACGACGCCACCGCCGUUGUGGAGGUAAAGGAGAUUCUCAAGUCUUCCCUUGUGAACAUUCCUAAAGACACAGUGACUCUUUACACAAACUCCGGCUGUCUGUGCCCACAUCUCGUGGUCAAUGAGGAAUAUAUCAUUAUGGGAUAUGAAGAUAAAGAACGCACCAGACUUCUGCUGGUGGAAGGGUCGCUUGCUGAGAAAUGGAGGGAUCGUCUUGCAAAAAAAGUUAUGCGCUGGGAUCAGAAGCUCCGACGUCCUCGAAAAAUCAAAUCUCCUGUUGCACAGAAUGCCAAUAAAAACAGCAACUCAAGACAAAUGCAUAGCUAGACUAAUGGAAUGAUAUAUAUAUAUAUAAAUAAAACUUUGUGGACUUUUAUGCAAAGAUAUGCAUUGUUGGAGCAGCAAAGAAGAAAUUGCACUAUUGCACGUUAUAACCUAUUGUUUACUACAAGAUCUUGUAGUUGAUUGUAGUUUUUUCCCCCUCUUUUAUAUUUGCACGGAUUACUAAGCAAUAGUUUUAUUCCACUUCUAGCGAUAUCAUAAUUGUCUUUUUUUCUAAGCAGUUUGCAGCCCUGUGAAUCUGCGAGAAUUAGGGGCUGAUGAUUAUUUGAACGCAAGAGAGUUUUGCGGUCGGCUCUUGCGUGCCUCCGCUCUGCGCAUUUUCCGGAGCUUAGCAUACACAACCGUGGGCGAUGUUGAGCUGUAUGCAACCCAGCCACAUCUCUGAUUGAAGCAGCAGGGUUGAACUUGAGUGAUAAUAGGGCGCUUGCGCGUAGUCUAAGUUCAAUGAGAACAUGUAGCCAGAAAUGCGGGCGUAAUUCUGCAGAUGGAUCUUUGGCACUAAAGGGUUGAGAUUACCUAAAUGAUUAAAAAUAGUUGCAGACUGGAUGGGCCAAGUGGUUCUUAUCUGCCGUCAACUCUUAUGUUUCUAAGUGAGCACGGAUAAUGAUGAUGACUAUGCAGCUAACAGUACGGAUAGGAGUGGUCCAACUGCAACUCUUCAUAGCGGUCAAUAAUGCGCAUUUAGCUCCAUGCGCGCAAUACUGAAGCCAUUACGGCUGACUUGCGUUCAUCUCUGCAUCAGUCCCUUCAUGCGUUAAUGUUCAGUGACUUUCUUACUCACAUGGACGUAGCUUUUCUUGUUUACAUUAGGGCACCUACUGACGAUGUAACAGCCUUCUGUGGGAUGACACCCUACUCUGUAUUUACUGCAAAGGAAAAUAGCUUCACCAGUUAUCAAUAUAAUGACCAUAACACUCUACAGUUGCUGCACAGAUCAUGGAUGCUAAAAGUUGUUUAAAGUGAUUGUCAUGGUGAGCCAUAUAAUAUACUAGUAAAGGAGCCCGGGUCACUUCAGUGUACCUGCUGCUCUGCCCACCCCCACCACACAUAUACUCUGUUCCAGCCCACCCCCCACUAUCCCCUGCUCCUCUGUGUCCUGCCACCUGCUCUGUACUGCCCGCCCCCUCUCUGUACCGCUCCACUGCUCUAUCUGUCCCACUCUGCCCCACCCAACCCCCUGCUCCUGCAGCUGCAUAAGUAUCCCCUGGUGGGUCCUCCUCCCUGCUGGGUGUGAUACGUUUUACCGACAGUUGGGAUGCCGGCAGUCACAUGCCGACUGCGGCAUCCCAAAUUUUAGAAUGCCGACAGGGGAUGGGGUUAUUAAUUUACCCCUCCCCUGCUCCCUCCCCUAACCCACCUAGGGUAGUGGCUAGGGCUAAGGACACGGGGUGUUGGCUAUGGCUAAUCCCAAGGGUUGCCGGUUAGGACUAAGGACACAGGGUGGCGGCUACGGCUAACCCUCCCUGUGGUGUAUAACCCUACCCCCUUCCCCCCCAAUCUUAACCCUCACCCCAAUACUUACCUACAGGAUGCUGUCUGUCAGGGUUCCGGCACCGGGAUUCCAAGUGGUGUCUGGAUUCUGGCGUUGGUCGCCUGACUGCCGUCAUCCACAGCGCCGGGAUGUUAACCGUAUCCCUCAUCUCCUGCUCUAGUCUGUCCCAUCAGUCUAGAGUGGGAGAAACUGGAGGGGCGGCUGAUGCCUCGGCUCUCACUGCACAUGCAUGUAGGAGACGGGACAGACGUUAGAGAAUUAUUAUAUAGAUUUAAUUUUCACAACCAGUGAAGCUGACCUUUCCUCCCAGUGAAUACGGUGCAAGGCAGCAUACCAAAAGAGAAUGUCAAAGUGGCCUUACAUACCCCUAAAGAAGAUGAAAAGCACCAUCAUUAUUUAUCUCAAAUUACCAGAGGUCAUCCGCAGCAGCAGAGCAACCUAGCCUGAGGGCAUCACAUGACUGUAGCUUGCUAUGUCCCACUAAUGCUAAUACAAGUUAAAUAAUUUAACCAGGGGUAUCCAUACCGUGUAAAUGACAAAAACAAAGUAGAGGCAACAAGAUGUUUAAUAAGAUGAAAUUUACUGGUGUAAAUAAAAAAAUGUGGAAAAUA